AUGUUUGCUAAUAAAUACAGCAAGCACGACUUCUCCAAGCUACGCAAUGAUGCUUUUUGGGAAUUUCUUUUUUCAAAGCACCCAUUCGAUCAAGUUAGACGAGAAAAUCUUAACAAACUAGUCAGUCUUUUCAACGAGAAAGAAAAUGGCAAAUUUACUUUUAAUACACUCAACAAACUUUACUUUAAAAAUUAUGGAGAAUAUUUAACACCAAGAUUUUUGAGGGAUUUAUUCUGCACUCGAUUAAUGCCAGAAGGUUACGAAUUUGAAGUGUUCCGUUAUUGUGGCCGAAUGUUUAUAUUGCAAGAACCAGACAUCAUUUCACUUACAAUCGAUGAAUCCAGCGAAGAAAAAAAUAUUUUUGUCAGUUCGGCUCCACAAAUCAAUGCGGAAAUCUACAAAAAUUUAAAAAUAGCCGACAAAGUUUUCGAAAUAAUUCCAGAACAGAAAAGAAUGUUAUUGACAGAUGUCAUGAAUAUGUUAAAAACUACAAAAGAAUAUAAUGAAGUAAGAGGAAAGCUGCCUUGUACGCCUACGCCGCAUUUGGAGCCAAUCAAAUUCGCUGGCUUUCUCCAUUUGUAUUGGGAUGAUGUUUUCAAAUUAAUGCCUGACUCUGAAAAUGGCCAGAUUUGGAUUAAACGACAUGUCCUACACCAUCAAAAACCUUCACAGGAGCGUAAAUAUAUGAAGGAGAUAUUGUCAACUCUUCCUCGGUAUCCUAUCCCAUCGGACAUUUUGACUAAACCUCAUGUAGUGCAUGUUCAGGUCAGCAAAUUGCCAACAGAUGGCGUUGGACUUCAACUUCUUGAAUUAAAUGAUGAUUUUCAAUUUGUAAUGAGUGAAUUGAGGCAAUACUACGAUGAAAUUAAAAAAUUAAAACCUGUAGAUGAGAAGGCUAGAAGACUACACCAAAAUGAAACUUUUGAGGGUUGCUGUUGUUUAUAUGCCCAUUUUUCUGAAAAUGGAAUGAGGGAAUUUAGGCGUGGAAUAAUUACUGGACAAAGCAAUGGACUAGCUAUGGUCCAAGAUGCUGAUUUUCCCUGGAUUGGAUUGGUUGAACUCCGCAACUUAUAUCAAAUUCCUCGCCAUCUGGUCGGAAUUCGCCAGACUUGUGUUUAUGGAGUAUUUGGUGGUUUUAACAUGAAGACAGAGAAUGAGAAAGCUUUGUGGGAUGGAAUUUGUCGUGAAAUGUGCAGGCCGGGAGUGCGAAAUGUUGCUACUUUCCAUCGUUUAGCAGAACGGAUUGACUACAGCGGCCGAAAGAAGUAUGCAAUCUACCAAGUGACCAUUCAGGUUAAUGAAAUUGGAAAACUGGCUCCAAUAUUAAGCUUCCCUGGAAGUUUUUGA